CGCCGCUAGAUCGGCUGCUGCUGCCGCUGCGGGCGGACCUGCAGGAGGCGGCAGCGGCGGCGGUGGCGGCGGCCGAGGCCGAGGGAAGAUGGCGGACGGCGUGGACCACAUAGACAUUUACGCUGAUGUGGGCGAAGAGUUCAACCAGGAAGCUGAAUAUGGUGGGCAUGAUCAGAUAGAUUUGUAUGACGAUGUCAUCUCUCCAUCGGCAAAUAAUGGAGAUGCCCCAGAAGAUCGGGAUUACAUGGAUACUCUCCCACCAACUGUUGGUGAUGAUGUGGGUAAAGGAGCAGCACCAAAUGUUGUCUAUACAUAUACUGGAAAGAGAAUUGCAUUGUACAUUGGAAACCUAACAUGGUGGACAACAGAUGAAGAUUUGACUGAAGCAGUUCAUUCUUUGGGAGUAAAUGAUAUUUUGGAGAUAAAAUUUUUUGAAAAUCGGGCAAAUGGCCAAUCAAAGGGGUUUGCCCUUGUUGGUGUUGGAUCUGAAGCAUCCUCAAAAAAGUUAAUGGAUCUGUUGCCGAAAAGAGAACUUCAUGGUCAGAAUCCUGUUGUAACUCCAUGCAAUAAACAGUUCCUGAGUCAAUUUGAAAUGCAGUCCAGGAAAACUACACAAUCAGGACAAAUGUCUGGGGAAGGUAAAGCUGGUCCUCCGGGAGGCAGUUCACGUGCAACAUUUCCACAAGGUGGUAGAGGACGGGGCCGUUUUCCAGGGGCUGUUCCCGGUGGGGACAGAUUUCCUGGGCCAGCAGGACCAGGAGGGCCACCCCCACCUUUUCCAGGAAAUUUGAUCAAGCAUCUUGUUAAAGGAACUCGGCCUUUGUUCCUGGAAACUAGGAUUCCAUGGCAUAUGGGGCACAGCAUAGAGGAAAUACCCAUUUUUGGCCUAAAAGCUGGACAGACUCCACCACGUCCACCCCUAGGACCUCCAGGCCCACCUGGUCCACCAGGUCCUCCACCUCCUGGUCAGGUUCUGCCUCCUCCUUUAGCCGGGCCUCCUAAUCGAGGAGAUCGCCCCCCACCGCCAGUUCUUUUUCCUGGACAACCUUUUGGACAGCCUCCAUUGGGUCCGCUUCCUCCUGGUCCUCCACCUCCAGUUCCAGGCUAUGGCCCCCCUCCUGGUCCACCACCUCCACAACAGGGACCACCUCCACCUCCAGGCCCUUUUCCACCUCGCCCUCCUGGUCCUCUUGGGCCACCCCUUACACUCGCUCCUCCUCCGCAUCUUCCUGGACCACCUCCAGGUGCUCCACCGCCAGCUCCACAUGUGAACCCAGCUUUCUUUCCUCCACCAACUAACAGCGGCAUGCCUACAUCAGAUAGCCGGGGUCCACCCCCAACAGAUCCUUAUGGCCGACCUCCGCCAUAUGAUAGGGGUGACUAUGGGCCUCCUGGAAGGGAAAUGGAUACAGCAAGAACACCAUUGAGCGAAGCUGAGUUUGAAGAAAUCAUGAACAGAAACAGGGCAAUCUCAAGCAGUGCUAUUUCAAGAGCUGUGUCUGAUGCUAGUGCUGGUGAUUAUGGGAGUGCUAUUGAGACAUUGGUAACUGCAAUUUCUUUAAUUAAACAAUCCAAAGUAUCUGCUGAUGAUCGUUGCAAAGUUCUUAUUAGCUCUUUGCAAGAUUGCCUUCAUGGAAUUGAAUCCAAGUCUUAUGGUUCUGGAUCAAGAAGACGUGAACGAUCAAGAGAGAGGGACCACAGUAGAUCACGAGAAAAGAGUCGUCGUCAUAAAUCCCGCAGUAGAGAUCGUCACGAUGAUUAUUAUAGAGAGAGAAGUAGAGAACGAGAGAGACACAGGGACCGGGACCGGGACCGAGACCGAGAACGUGACCGAGAGCGCGAGUAUCGUCAUCGUUAGAAGCUGAAGGAAGAGGAACACCUUCCAAGACAAAAACAGUCUUCAUGAGGGAAACAUGACGCUUGUCCAGCAGUUUGCUUCUUGUGAUUGAACUGAACCUGUAAGGAUUCAUGGAUAAAAUGAACAGGAAUAGAUCUGAAUAAAGCAAAUCUGCAUAAAUGGUAACCAGUAGCUCUACUUUUAUUUUUUAUGUUGCUUAACUGUUUUUAUUUGAAGAAAACCUGUGUGAUUUAAAAAGUUAUAGCUUUUGCAACUUUAUUACUGGUUAUAUACUUUUUGGCCAUUAUAAUGUGCAAGCAAUUGGAAAAAUGUCAAGUAAAUGCUUGUUUUUAUAGUAGUAUGUUCUUGUUAAAAAUGUUCAUAUGAUAAUGUCUGUAAACAGCACCACUUUGAUUACAAUAGAUGUAGUGUUGUAAUAAACUGUUUAAUGGGGCUGAUGUGUAAAGCUGUUCAAGUUAUUUGAUGUUUACACCUCAGGGAAAGUCUUGUGUUCAGCAAUAUCUAAAGAUAAUGUUACUAUGACAUUUAUACUGUCCUUUAAAAACGCAUUGCAAUAGCAUUUUUGGAUAUGCAUCAAUCUAAUCUUGCGUUCAGUGAAUUAAACAUACUAAUUAAGUGUCUGUUGCCCUUGGUUUUGAUAUUAGGAUAGGUGAUUACAUGGAUAUUUAAUAUUUCUAUAUUCUGCUUUUCUAGCUGUUUUUACCUAGUUAGCUUGUGAUUUUUGCUGUGAAUGGUAUGUAAACCUGUAAAAAUGAAACUUCACAGACAUAGCAAUUCAGGCAAUGUGUAGGGUUCAAAACGAUUUUGUGGUUUUAACCUUUUAGUAAAGACUCAUACGUUAUUUGCUACAGUACUGCAGCUUAAUUACAGCACAGAUGUACUGAAAUGCUUAAUUGUAAACUGCUGGCAUUGAAAAACAAUAUUUUGACAGUUCUGAUUUGAUGCGGCAGUUAUUUGUGGUUUUAUAUUGAUAGUGCUCGUAGUUAAUUUUUGAAGCCCUGGUCAGUGUAAAUACAGUCAUGAAGCAGACAGAUUGAAGUAAAGAAGGCCUUAGCUUUAUUUUCUGGUUACUAUAUAGAAUGCUGAAGGAUGUGAUGUUUAUUAACAUCAGGUUGUAUUCUCCUGUGUGUGUAAUGGGAGCUUAUAGGUAUAUCCUAUCUCCACAGUUUAAGGAAUUCUGUAUAUUUUCAUGCAGCCUAUUGGUUCUUGCUAGAGUUACUUAAUCAAAGGUUUUUUUCAAACCUGCCAUGCAUAUAGGCCUACAGAAGCACUUGCCUAGCAUAUGUUCUUAAAUUGCAAGAUUAGCAUAGGCAGUGUCAUUUGAUUAGAUGUUUUAUAGGAAGGUUAUCCUGAAUCACUACAGAAAUUUGAGUUUAAAACCUUAAGCAGGUUACAAUUUGAUUUUAAUGUUUUGGAAUCUGAUUAUUUUUAAGAGAUCUUCUGAUAAUACACAUUGGUUUUUUCAAAGUAUCACCAAAUCUUAGGACAGUGCUUAAGGUAUUUUUAGGUAUCCUAGAUAUUAUGUCACGUGCAACUGUAGAAGCCCUCUAGAGAACUGUACUGCAGUCCUCACUUUCCUCUUGUGCGCUGUCACACAAGUUCUUACAAAACUAGCUGUUUCAAAUUAUUCAUGAUAUUGCCAGUUUUAUUUUAAAAUAUUUUGUGAGUGUAUUUAUGCAUGGAUCAUUGGUGUUUAUCAAAACUCUUUGCUCUCAGAUUUUUAAAGUCUUUUAUCUUGUUGAAAAUGCACUUGCCUUUUUAACAUUAUCUGAUAGUUGUAUCAAUUGAUUUUCUUGUUUUCUGUAUAGGUGUUUUUUUAUUUUUUUGUCAUUUUCCUAGUUUUUUAUAUUUUCAUUAUAAUGUCCUAAUGCCAAGUACGGACAUAAAUAUAUAUUACAGGGGAAAUUAGGUAAUAGUAAGCUUAAAAGGUAAGUAAAUAUCCAUGAUAAUAAAAUUUUCUCUGAACAAUUUUUAAAUGGAACCAUAAAACUCUAACUGCAUUUGAACUUGAUGAAACUGGAAAUUUUAUGCUAAUUAAAUUCUUCAUUUACUUUUUCACUUUUUAUCAGUGGAACCCUUUACUGCUCAUUCUGUGUCACUCCUCUCCCUACAUGGCUGAUUUCAUUUUGUGGCUUGUUGCAAACGGUGUGAGUGUACUAGAAUUGCUUGCUGCUGGUCCUUUAUUUUUAAGUAUUGUCAGAGGGAAAUAACUUUUUGGUUUGACCAAUUAAUUUUUGCCGUGUUUCUCUACGUGAUAGCACAUGAAUGUAUAGCUAUAAAGGUGAAAAUUGCAAGACUUGUUUUAUUUAUAUCCCUUCUGUUAUCUGUGGGCUGAUGUAUUUGGGAAAAAACAAAACAAAACAAAAUAUUUCUUUUAAUGUACAAAAACAAUCCAAAGAGAUAAAUCUUUACUUACAGACACACCAAAAAAAAGAGUCUCGGAGACCUUUCAGUUUCUUCUUAGUAAUAAUUAUACUGGAUAUGAAAACAAACUUGAAGUUAAUUUUAAACCAUAGCAUUUAUUAGUGCUAUACAGCAACAUUCCUUUCAGCCAAUAAAGUUAUGAGUGAGUGAUACAGCACUUGAAUGGUAUUGCUUCUUGAAGCAACACUUUGAAUUGAAGUGUGCUACCUUUAGUUAAAGGACAUGUUACAGGAAGGAUAUUUCAGUGUAAAUUUGGAAAUGUUUAUUUUGUCAGUUUUCAUAAGCAAGAUCUGGCCUAAGUUGCAGUGGCUAGUGGUUGUAGUCCAUUUAAUGUCCCCUUUACCUAGAAUAUUAUUCUUAAGCGGUUAACUGCAAUUUCCAGUUCACAAAUAACUUACACAUUGUAGUUUAAGGUAUUAUUUUUAUUUAAAUCUCCUGUGGAGAACAUUGUUUUGUUUUUUACUAGUUUUUUAAGGUCAGUCCUAAACAUGGAGGUUUUAAUGAAUGUUGUACAACAUUUUAUAGUGAAAGGGGAAAAUUGUUAGAAGUGUAACUUUUCCCUUACAUAUUUAAAUGUGCCAAUAACUAAACACAUACUGUUUUAUACAAUGAGAUUGUACUACAAACUUCCUGAUGGAGUGCUCUCUACAUUUUGGUUUUUACUACCUGAAUGAUCAUUGCAUUUUCUGUAUCUCAUAAGAUGGCUCCAAUUUUGUGUUUUAAGGUUUAGCUUGUUAAGAGAAAGUGUAUGUUCUGAUUCUUUAUGAUAAUUCAGUAUUGAAAUUCUUGGUGUUUUACAGAUACUAUCUGCCUUUUACAUUUUAAUCCAUUAAGUCCAUUUGCAUCCCAUAGCUGUUUGUAAAUGUUUCCCACAGUUGUAUGUACUUAAAUGCACGCUUACCCAUUGUACAUAUUGGACAUUUUUGUUCUAAAAUACAUUAAGUGGGAUUUUUGUA